AUGUCCAUCUAUCCUUACUAUCAACCGCUGUCCCCUCCCCCUCCCCGAUAUGUGCUACUGCCCCUCCUGGACUUCAGAUCCGUUAUUCCUUCAACAUUGCUGGAGACGACUCUAUCGUCUACUGAGUUUGGCGGCGGCCCCGACCGCACUCAGAAGAAGCUCGCUGUUGCCGUGCAUCCAUACUUCAUCAGCCAACUGUGCCGUGCAAAGCCGCACGGUGUUCGUGCUACUUCGUACCCCCCCCCGAUGAUGACGCCCCAGCAUCAGGUCCACAUUUACCAGACUCUCUCACCGUCACAAACUCCUCCCUCGUCGUCACAGCCCCCGCGCUCAUUGUCGCAACCCCCUCGCUCAUUGUCGCAACCCCCUUGCUCAUCGUCCCAUCCCCCCGGGACGCCCCGUGCUGCUUCGCUGCGGCGCUCGCCCGCUCUUGCUCUUCUACCGGUCGUGGAAGAAGACAAGGAUGGAGUCGCGGCCCAGGUUGAGAGCGAACACCGGCGGGUGCAUUGGAACCAUACCGGUGAUACCGAUGAAGAUGAGCUCGAGUCUGACAGCAAAGCGUCUCGACGCCACAAACCUUCUGGGGACACAGGACGCCCGUCUAGGGGGGGGUAUAAACUCAGCGACGCGUUAGGAAUCCCCUUGGAUGAAUACACUAAGAUGAAGAACGCAAUCAACGACAUUGUUGCCAGACACUGUGAUCAUCGCAAGCAAUUCAAGGCUCAAGGGGAGGAUGCUAAAAAGCACGUCCGCGCCGAGGUCAAGGCUACAUUCCCGCGUUUGGUUCAGCAUUACAUCGAUGCCUGGCCCGUUGACGAUUUCAUCAAUGCCCGUUUGAAGUAUACUGCAGGCCGUCACAGUCAAGGACGUCCCGUUCCUCAGCACCUUGAUUUCAAAUUGUGA